AUGGCUGUCAAGGCUGCUCCAAAUACCCCAUCCACUACCACCGCCGAUGUUUCUGCAAAAGUGGCCUCCUUCCGAGACAUUGACAAUGUCAUCGGUGUCAGCAAGAAAUGUUGUUGGUGCUGCGAUUGGCUAAGCAAGGAUCUUCCUGUGCCAGGGCAGGAUGGCUUUGUCUUACCGGGCACUCAUGGCACGACCCUUCCCUGGUCUCCUCCCAUAUUUGACAUCCCUUUAGCAACUCUCGUGCCGCUGGAGCAAGCUCUCAUGGAGAAGUUAUACCAGUGUUCGUUGACAAGGGUACAUGUGCCAGGCGGCAAGUGA